UUGUCAUCAUAGUCUUUUUAUUUUAUUAUUAUUUCUGUAUCAAUUUAUUCACUGCUCACACGAACUCCGCCACGCGUGGCGCGCCGGAUGUGACGUCACCCCCCGGAAGAGAGCAACCGUCGCUGUUGCGCGUCUGUCCGUCGGGAGGGGGGAUUGUUUACAUCUCCACGCAGCCCGAUUAAAGAAACAUGAAUCCCCCGAUGAUCAACUCGACCAGCUCCGUUUCCACGACCAAAAGGAAGCGAGAGGCCGAGCGCUCCGUGAACUGGACGGUGGAGGAGACCCAGGUGCUGCUGUGCGCCUGGAGCGACGAGCGCAUCCAGCAGAGCCUGGCGGAGAACCUGCGCAACCGGCACGUCUUCAAGCACCUCUCGUCCCGCAUGAGCGAGAUGGGUUUCUCCCGGAGUCCGCACCAGUGCCGGCUUCGCGUCAAGACCCUGAAGGCCAACUACGCCCGGGCCAAGCUGCAGAGGAGCGUCGACGGCUCGCAGCCGUGCACGUUCAGAUAUUUCCCCGAGAUGGACGCGGUCCUGGGCCGGAGGUCGGCGGGAGGGGACGGCGGGGGGCAGCAGUAUUUUGUGUCUCCGGAGCGGAUGGCGGCGGCGGCGCCGGAUAUACAUUCGAACACCGAGGUCGGCGAACGGCGUUUGGGUUCUUUGAGGGCGGGGAGACGGUGUCCGAGCUCCUCGGAGGAGACGGGGGGCCACCUGUCGUGGCAGCUCGACUCCGAAGUCAAGCUGGAGGACGGAGAAGACUCGACGGACGAGUACGAGUUCAGCAAUUCGGGAUUCCCACAGCGACACCACAACAUUUAUCUGGAAUCAUCCAUCCGUCGUGAAAUGACGGGUGCACUUGUGGAAAACUGCCUGAGCCCUCCUUCCCUACAUGUCGUACCUCCUCCGGCUGCUCCUCCUUCUCCCCCUCUCACCCAGCCCGCCGCCUCCCCUCUCCCCGCGGCGCCCCCGGAUCCGACCCCCAACACCCCCCCAGCCUCGGCCCCUCGCCACCCAGAGUCCUCCUGCCUCAAGCACCUGUCGGAGGGCUUCCAGCGGCUGGCGGCGGACACGCGGGGCCUGCUGCUGCAGCUGGAGAGCCAGCGGCAGGAGCAGGCCCGCUGGCACCAGGACCUCCUGGCGCAGUGGCUGCAGCGGGAGGAGCGCCGGCAGAGCGAGGCGGCCGAGAGGGAGGAGAGGAGGGAGAAGGCCCGCAUGGAGCACGAGAUCAAGGUCCUGGAGCUCCUCACCGGGCUCGCCAGAGAGCACCGGUGUCAAUGCGGAGGUGGUCAGGCAGUCACCGAGGCUCCAGCUGGUCCGAACCACAGCCUGGAGAAAGGAGGGAGUUAGGAGGCGCCGAGGGUUUCCUUAUUCCCCCCCCCUCCCACCCGCACAGUGUGGAGAAGUAUUCAAGCUCAGGAGGAACCGGAUGACAGCACUGAUGACACUCAGGGUGCCUUGGAUUUAGCCUUAAAUCCAGAGGGAUAUUUUUAAUCCAAACCAAAUUCAGGAAGAAAAAAAAAACUCAAAAACAUCCCCGGGGACGUUUGUGAGUGAGAUGAUUGACAGGUGUCAGUCGGGCUCUUGAGAUGUUCGAAAGAAGAAAUUGACAGUUGAAGUGUGAAGAUUUCUUAGGUUUCACUUGAUUGCACCAAAUGUAACAGAAACUUGUUUCAUGCACUUUUUAUAGAAAUUAAAAAAAAAAAAAAGGUGAUAUUUUCAACCGGUUUCUUUUUGCCUUCGGGCUCGAAUGGAAACGUCUUCAUCUCGUUGAGAGUUGCCCGUAUUGACGCGUUGCUCGAGCAACGACUUCCUUACAUCUGCCCGUCUGCACU